AUGCAGCAUUUGAAAAGGCUUCAUCCGCUCCAAAUACAGAAAGAAAAUUUACCUCCAAAUGAAGCUAUGGAAGUUGAUGAGGUUCGAGAUACUCCUGCGGCUACAAACAAUUUGCCGUCCUGCAGCAAAACUUCAUCGAGUACCUUGCCGUCAAGUAAUAUUUCAUCCGAAAGUUUACCAUCCUGUAGCAAAAGUGUUGUUACGUCGAAUAUUAGUGGACGCCGCUCUAAGCAAAUGAAAUUAUACGCUUCAAGUAACGAACUUUCCAGAGCAAAAAUUGCCGAAAUCGAAAAAAAAUUGUUAUUGAUGAUUGUCUCGGAUUUUCAACCUCUUUCGAUUGUGGAAAAUACUGGAUUUUUACAGUACACUAAAGCCUUGAAUCCGUUGUAUAGCCCUCCCAAUAGGAAAAUAUUAGCUAAUGAAAUAUUACCUAAGGCUUACAACGAAUCAGCUGUCGCUUUAAAAACCAUUUUAAAUGAAAUAAAAUAUACAGCAAUAACUACAGACAUGUGGACAUCUGAUAAUAAUAUUGGGUAUAUUACCGUAACAUGUCAUUACAUAUGGGAUAGCAUACUCUUUUCACGUGUGUUAGCGACACAAGAUGCCACGCUGAUUAUGUCAACACCCAGCCACACAAGCAAAAACUUAGCCGAAGCUAUAACAACAAUAUUAAAUGAAUGGAAUGUUUAUAACAAAACUGCGACUGUCGUUUCUGAUAAUGCCGCAAACAUUAAAUGUGCGAUAAAUGAUCACCUGAAAAUGCACCAUCAUCCCUGUGUUGCACACACGCUAAAUCUUAGUGUAAAUGAGGCGCUAAAAGACUCUGCUUUGAUGGAGCUUCUGAAAAAAUGUAAGUCAAUUGUUGGUUACUUUAAACAUAGUGUACAAGGUUCUGAAAAACUUAAAUUAACACAACAACAAAUGGGCCUUCCAAUUUUAAAAGUUAAGCAAGAUGUUGCCACUCGGUGGAAUUCUUGUCUUCAUAUGUUAAGAAGACUACUUGAAAUUAAAGAUGCUCUUUCCGUUGCCAUGGCUAGCCUUCCAAAUGCACCUGAUAUUUUGAGUGCCAAUGAAUGGAAAGUAUUAGAGGACUGCGUUCAAGUGCUAAAACCAGCAGAAGACAUGUCCACUACUUUGUCUGCUGAGAAAUAUCCAACAUUAUCUUUAGUGAUUCCAUUGUUCCAUGGAUUUGAAUAUACUAUAAAACAAACUACUCCCAGCACUGAAAUUGGAAAAUCGUUACAACUGAAGAUUUUGGAAGUUGUCACACGAAGACUUGGUGGUUAUGAAAGUAACAAAACUGUCGCCAAGUCUACGUUUUUGGACCCCAGAUUUAAAAAAAUUGGAUUUGGUUCAGAGGACAAUGCAAACAACGCUCAAAAGUGGAUUACGGAAGAACUAUCGCAAAACAUAUUAAGCAAUCAAACUAUGGCUCACAGCACAUUGGAAUCUGCUAACUCAGAAAGUCUAAAUCUGCAUGCAUCAACUGAAGGCAUAUGGGCACACUUCGAUAGUAAGGUUACGAAUAUUAAAAGCCAUUCAACGCCUGGAAGCCUAUUAAUUUUAAUGGUGAGACAGUACCUUGAAAUGCAACCACUUCCAAGAACUGAAAAUCCCUUAGAAUGGUGGCGUCGUUACAAAACAACCUUACCCGAAAUGUAUGAUCUGGCUACCAAAUAUCUUUGCAUCCCGGCAACUUCAGUUCCAUCGGAAAGGAAUUUUUCUAAAGCUGGCCAGCUCACGUGUUCGAGAAGAAAUAGACUUGGUUCCAAAAAUGUUGAUAAAAUUAUUUUUCUGAAUUCUGCUUUAUCAAGUUAA